AUGGCUAUUCGCCUGGCUAGUUGGGCCUUCCGUUUGAUGCCAUGGGGCGCUGAAGACACGACUGUCAGCCUGGCAUUUAUCCUACUCAUACCCUUUCCCGCAUUGGUCCUCAUCAUGUUCUCCUACGGCCUCGGACGAGACAUAUGGGUUCUGCAACCGGAUGAGGUGACUAUGCUUCUGAAGUGCCAACCUAUACAACACUACUGGAACGGCUGGGAUGGUGAGCAUGCGGGUAAAUGCCUCAGCCUACAGAAUAUUGUACUCACGCACGUCACCAUCAAUGUCUGCUUGGACGUGUGGAUGCUCAUUCUUCCACUCACACAGAUAUACAAACUCAAAUUGCCGCUCAGGAGGAAAAUUAGCGUGAUGGCCAUGUUCAGUCUUGGGAUUUUCCUCACUAUUGUCAGCAUCAUUCGGAUCAAGAGCCUGCUAGACUUUGCGAAGACACCUGACAUUACUACUGAGUGUUACGAGCGGGUCAGGGCAACCAACUGUGGCACAAAGCAAAAGCUUCGCUAA